GUCAUUUCCUUAACACUGUUUUCUCCUCCCCCUUCUUUUUCCUCCCCGCCCUCCAAUUCCGAAAUGCUGGGGAAAGUCUCGCUAGUUGCUUGAGUGCCGACCUGUCUGGCGGAAGUAGGUAGAAAGAUGGCUGGUGAAAUGUACUGUGAUAUGGAUGACAAUGUUUUCAACCUUGUGGAUAUAGAGUUUCGAGAUGGUUCACUUUACUUCAAAGCUGAAGAUGAUGAUUACUUGGAAUCAGAUGAUUUCCAUAAGUUGGAAGAACCAAAACAUGCAAUCUUAAGAAACGUGGACAAUCGAGUUGUCAUGAAAAAAAGUGGGAUGGACAUAGCGGUGUUGGAGUCCAUGACUGAUCAUGAGAUUCAAGCAAAUGCAUCCCAAACUACAUUCAUAAUUCAAGCUUAUAAAGAGACUGUACCCACCGCUUUGGCAGUAGCCAUCUUGGUGAAGAAUAAAAACCAGAUUUAUAGUCUAUCCUGCCAAAAUAAAGAAGUUCAAUUUAAGGAAGGUGCUGUUCCAAAUUAUAUUGCAGCUGCAAGAAGUGAUUAUAUAUUCUACCAAAAGAAGGUUAUAGGGCACAAUAAGAUGCAAUUUGAGUCUUCAUUGUACCGAGGAUACUUUCUGGCUUGUAAGAAGGAACGAGGCUAUUUUAAACUUGUUUUAAAAGAAGGUUGUGAAGGAGUGGAUGAGUUAAAGAUGUUUAGUGUUCAUUUUUGUUCAGUUUCAAUCUAGAAAAAAAAUAAUAAAUAAAACCACUUGGGAAAAAUUUCUUGGAGAAAAAAUGUAUGUAUGUAAUGGCUUGAGAAUUGAAAAAAAAAUUCAUCUACGUAAUUAAAUUGAUAAAAUCAGGAAAUAAAAACCCAGUAUAAUGAAAACAAUGAUAUAAACAAAAUAAAGGCAUAUACACCUAUUGCAUCACUACUAGUCACAUUCCCAGUGUGACUUUGGGCAAGGGCAAUUCAAUUAGCCUUUCUGGGUUCGGUUUCCUAUUCUUACCUCCUCACAAACUAUGUUUCAAGCAAACAGAAUCAUUGUUUCAUGACAUGCCAUUUCUUAUCUGUAUGCAUAUGCAUCAUAAGUAAAUAAAGCAUCUGUCAUGUCUAAAA